GGACGAAUGCCAGCCUCCGCUCUGUGUGUACUUCCGUCAAUAUCUCCUGCAGAAAAGAGACAAGAAGCAGAAACAGGAACCGACGAUACAACCAACGAGUCGCUGAAGGUGUUUUAGGUUGCGGCAGCCUUCUCUGCCCCAAGCUAAAAUGCCUUUCUUGGGCAAGGACUGGAGGUCGCCAGGAUGGAGCUGGACAAAGACGGAGCAUGGCUGGAAGAGGAUGUUCCUCUAUGGACACGAGUUGGAAGAUAACAGAGAAAUUGACUUGAAAGGGCUCUGCAAUGACAAUCUGUUCGUUGGAGAUGUGUGUGAGCUCGCCACGACGAAGAGGAAAAAGGACCUCUUCAACAAUAACACCAAGUCUCAGUUUAUUUUCGUGGAUAAAUGGAUCUACGUGCAUAACAGGAGCACGAAAGAACGACAUGUGUACUCCACGCUUGGUGAAGCACUCAACCGUCUAGACUUUUCCAGUGCUAUUCAGGACCUGAGAAGAUUCAACUAUGUUGCAAAACUUUUCCAGCUUAUAGCCAGGACUCAGCUGACCUCUUUGAGUGGAGCUGCGCAGAAAAACUAUUUCAAUAUAAUGGAGAAGAUUGUACGAAAGGUUCUAGACGACCACUACAACCCGCGCCUUGUCAAGGAUUUGCUGCAGGACCUGAGCAUGACGCUGCACAAUCUGACUAUCCAUGUUGGCAGGUGUGUCCUCGUGGGCAACGUGAACAUCUGGUUGUGCCGACUGGAGACCAUUCACAAAUGGCAGCAGCAGGUCAGCAACCUGCAGAUACCCGAGCAAACGUGCAAUGGCAUGACAUUCGACGACUUGCCGCUACACAUGCAAAACAAGAUCCUUUGUGAGUUAUCUGAUGCCUAUGACAUCAUUAACGUCGGGCAGGCCAUGCCUACUCUGCACAGCCUCAGUGAGGACAGGAUACUUUGGAAGAAACUCUGCCACUUUCACUUCUCAGACAAGCAGUUCGGUAGGAAUUUGGUCCUAUCUAACAGUGAGAAAGUAGACUGGAAGCUGAUGUACUUCACCCUGACAAAACAUUAUCCAAUGAAGGAGCAGUACGGCGACACCUUGCACUUCUGCAAAAACUGUAACAUCCUCUUCUGGAAGGAUUGCCACCUUGCUUUGUUAUUCAAGGACUGUGGCCAUCCAUGCACUGCCAACGAUCCAGACAGCUGCCUCAUGCCCAUUUCUCCACAGCACUUUAUCGACCUCUUCAAGUUCUAAACCCUCCAUGUUGGUCAUCAAGCAAACCGCCGUUUACCCUCACUCCCAAAACAAGAGUGUGUGUGCGAGACCUCAAGGUCGUUUAUCCAAAUACAAAGGGCUUCAACUGAAAAAGAUGACUUGUUUAAUGUCUUCAUUUCCUUACGCACAAGUGUUUCCAUAAGACAAGGAAAGGUUUGUAGAUUUGAAUAAUGUUGCUAAUGGUUGAAAUACAUAGAACCUUUUUCCUCCUCCUGCACAAAUAUUUGUCUUUUUGGAAAGAAAAAAAAUAAGCUAUUCAUGAGAGGAAAGGCACAAAUAAUAUUUAAAUGUAAUAUGUGAAAGGAUUUAUAUGUCUAAGGAAUUGUAGCAUGUUUAUGGUAGGUAAGUGGUGAUAGGUAAUGUCUAAGAGGUUGUUUUUAUUUUUUUAUGGAAAAAGGGGAGGAAUAUUUACGGUGUGGCAGAAAUAGUUUAUUUAAUGGGGUUAACUAUUCUGUUGGUUGUUCUGUUCGGUUUUGGUGAUAUUUAAAUAAUAUGGUGGUAUAACUGAAUGCAUGUCAUGUGUGAGUCUCUGUUUACAUACUGUAUAUUGUCCUUUGUGGAUUCUUGCUGUGCUCUGUGUACAUUGGGAGCGUCAACACUGAGAGAAAAUUAUGAAAAAUAUCAUAGAUUUUUGCAAUCUAAGAAAAAAUGUUAAGCAUUGUUUAUGGGAAAACAUUUUUGUAUCUUUCCUUCAACCUUUGUAAUAUUUCGAUGCUGUCCCAAUAUUCCUGGUGGAACCAUCAUGAUUUAGCUAUAAACUAGCUAUAAAUAAUUAAACAUUUCUAAAAACCUA